AUGGCGGCCUGUUUGCUACGAUGGUGUCGUUUCUGCGCGUUGGUACUUCUGAUUGUUGUCAACACAGCACUGUCCCUGGAUGUGCGAAGGAAACCUGCCGAACAGAGCUCAACUGCUCCGGAUGACAACGGCCUUAGUUUUGAGGCAGGGAAGGCUGUGGAUGGAAACAUUACUAUAUUUUCUAAAACAGCGGCAAUGCUCAAUCCGUGGUGGCGAUUGGACUUGGAGGCUGUCUACUGCUUGAAGACAAUUACUAUCAUCGAGGGAGUCGGUUUGAACGGCGCUGAAGUACGUGCUGGGUUGAGUCCAGAUCGUUCACCCAACACAAUGAUAGGAACAGUCGGCGUACACCAAGUUACCAUCAUAACAGCUGACCCUGUGGUCACUGCUCGCUAUGUGAGCGUAGACCUUCCCGGUGACAAUAAAAUCAUUAACAUGGCGGAAGUCACGGUUGAAGAAUUCGUGGAUGAAGAAGCUCUCACCUCAACUACAAUUUAUGUGGAUGGAAGCUGGACUUCUCAGAGCGGCACAUUCAACGGCAGGGUUUCUCCUCAAGCGGUCGACAGAGCUUUCAACUACGAUGAUCUAGACAGGCAUUGCAGCCUCACAAAUUUUACUUUCGUCGCUAAUCCUGCUCUCAUCGACUCGGCUGGAGGCAACGAUGUCGUCCUGACAGCAUACAAAGGUCCCGAUGACAUACCUGCUGGUGUCACAUUUGGCCGUCAGUUGGCAACAGGUGGGACGGAUGAACUUCCUCCCGGAUCAACCGAAGAAGGCGAGCCGCCUUUGGGAUGUAAAGAGAGAUCUCUACGGUUACCAGCGGCGGAUGGGAUUAGCAGAGUUGGUGUCUUCUAUUUUGAAGGAACUAGAGGAAGCACCAACACCAGGAUUCAGAUCGUAAUGCUGCCGAAAGGUGAUAUUGUACAGAUACGUCCAGUUCAGCGAACGCAGAUAGCAAAUGUCGGAGACUCAAUUCAACUUGAGAUGCGAAAUGUGAAUGCACCAAACACCAACUACAGAUGGCGGCAUGAUGGAGGUGACGUCAUGACAUCUUGGAAUGACCAGCUCAGUGUGUCUAUUGAUGAUGUUGCUGUGAGUGAUGGAGGAGUCUACAGCUGCUUCGUAUCUGACCAGGAGGAUCAACAACUGCAUGGCAUCAUGAGACUUAUUGUGCGACGCUGUUCUGAUGCGAUUUGGGGGCCAUCAUUCUGCCUGAAUCUUUGUCGACGGUGCUACAAUAGAGGCGUAUGUGACGACAUCACAGGAAACUGUGUCUGUGCUCCGGGUUUCAGUGGAGAAAACUGCGAACGGGCACACGGUUGCAAUGUUUUCGGUAAAAAUGCUGUCCAUAGAUGCUCCAAUACCAGCGAUCCACACGACGACGCUUGCCGGGGUCGUUUGUUUUGUCUUCCUGAUCCUUACGGAUGCUCGUGUGCUGCAGGGUUCACUGGACUAGACUGCACGCAAGAGUGUUCCGAGGGGACGUAUGGAGCUGACUGUAAGCAGACGUGUCACUGUGUGCCUGGGGAUACAUGCAGUAAGGAUACAGGAGAAUGCAGCAGUGGUACAUGUGCCAUACCAUACUUCGGGUUCAACUGUCAGUUUGCAAUGCAAGAUCCUUUCCCAGGACAGGUAAUAACAAGGUCAGUCAUGCAACGCAACGUUAGUUUCUCCUGGAGUAAACUCCUCUGUCUAGGCAUUGAAAUCCAGGAGUACCAGUACCAACUUGCCCAGGCAAAAACCGGUACAAUAAUAAAGCUACCGACUAAUACUACGGACACCUCGACGACCAUUGACGGAUUAACACCGUACGUCGAUUAUAACUUCCAAGUAGCUUUCUACACUACAAUGUCGACUGGGUCAUUCAGCAGAAUUCUGACGGUGCGGACCACAGAAGCAGAGCCAACAGCCCCUUUGAAUGUCGGCAUUACGACCGUUGAUAAUCAACAUCUGGCGGUUGUAUGGACGGAGCCUGAUCCUCCACAAGGGAUCAUCACAAACUACGAUGUGGCCUAUUGGGUCGUGGGAAAUGAAACAUCGAGAGUUGAUGUGUUCAAUCUCAGCACGACCACGCUGUCUUAUCAACUACCCGAUCUUGUUGUUAAUGUUACCUACUACAUGCAGGUGCGAGCCAAGACAGUAGCGGGCGUUGGCCCGUGGAGCGAAGUCAACAAUGAGAUUGUAGUAGGAGUUCCUGGACUUGUGCAGAACCUUCAAUGGACAGAAAGAUCUGAAACCUCACUGACCAUCGCUUGGAAACAGCCGCUAAAUCCUAUGGGACCACGCACAUAUUAUGUUGUGAAGAUCCGGGCCGUAGAGAAACCAUAUCAACCUGCAUUUACUGCAGGAGAUACGUACACCGAAUACGAAGCUGACAGUUCACCAUAUACCGAAGCGAAUCUUCAACCGGGCACCAAAUAUGAAUUCAGAGUUUCGUCAAGGAAUCACAGAUUUGUAGGAUCGCCUUCAGUCUUAGAAGUCUACACAAAUCCACUAUCAGAUCCGCCAGCACCAAGGACACCGAUGACAUACAACAACGAGGCGACGGAGACGACGGUGACAAUUGGCCUUCGAGCCGUGAUCCCAGAAGAUGACAUGUUUGUCGAAACCUACAUCGUAUAUGUGAAGAAGGUCCAGAUGUCAUUGGUAAGGAGAAGAGACGCUCUAAUUGCUAAGCGUUUCGAGGACUCUGCAGACGAUUACAUUGCAGCAGAAAUGACUAAAGACACCGUUCCUGACAAGUUUACAGUCGGUGAUGAGAGGGUGUACGGAGGCUACUACAAUGCACCGCUGCGGCUGGGCGUUGCCUACAUCAUCCGUGUCGGCUCCGUCAGCCAGGGAAACGAGACGGAAGCCUCCGUGACUUUUUCGGAUCCCAUAGGUGUGCAAACUGCAAAAGGUAAAUUUAACAAUGGACCAGUCAUAGCAGCUAUCGUUCUCGGGGUAUUAUUAUUUGUUGGAGCUGUUGCUGUCAUCAUCGGCUGCGUGGUGUGGAGGAAACGAGACCAAGACCGCAACAAUGCUCAGAAUACACCGAGGCUUAACCUUCCUGUUGUGAGAUAUCCCAGCAUGCAAGGCAUUGAUUCACCGAUUGCUGAAAGCGGCAUCUACGAAGACGUUGGUUUACCAGCCUGGGCCAAGGGACUGGAAAUCCAAUGGAGUAAUCUCACGAUUGAGGAUAAGGUUCUUGGCAAGGGAAACUUUGGAGAAGUGAGAGCAGGCCGUCUCAAAAUCAGAGGAGGACUGGCUAAAGUAGCCAUCAAAACUCUCAAAGGUGCGACGACGACUGCUUCCGAGGACUUCCUGGUCGAGUUCAAGACAAUGGCUCGAAUCAAGCCACACCCGAACAUAGUUGGUCUGAUGGGCGCGUGUAUGUACGAAGCGAUUUUGUACGUCGCUCUUGAAUAUCUCCCCAACGGCAACCUGCGUGACUACCUGAGGAGUACUCGCCCCAAGCAGCAGGUGGCAAUGGAGUCGGAUGAUGGUGAAUCACCGCUGACUUCCUCCAACUUACUGACAUUCGGCAUAGAUAUAGCCAGAGGAAUGGAUCACCUCUCUGACACUGGGAUAAUUCACCGUGACUUGGCUGCGAGAAACAUACUUCUCGGAGAAGACUUGACUGCCAAGAUUUCUGAUUUUGGACUAUCACGGGGAGAGGACACCUACGUUCAGAAAUCGCAGACGCGUGUUCCUUUCCGCUGGAUGGCCAUCGAGUCUUUGACCCGCCGGGUGUACAAAUCUAAGAGUGAUGUAUGGUCAUUCGGGAUCGUACUGUGGGAGAUAGCCACAUUUGGAGCGACACCCUAUCCGGGAAUUCAGAGUUUGCUGUUGGCCAAACGAUUACAGGAGGGUUACCGAAUGCCCAAGCCGGAAAACUGUGCCGAUGAAAUCUACGAUCUGAUGAUGAAGUGUUGGCAGCUAGAACCCAGCCAACGCCCAAGCUUCAAAGAAAUAAUGGUGACACUCAAGAAAAUGAACGACCCAUCAGAUGAGAACAUCUACAUGACAACUCAUUUCUACGUGAAUCACGUGAUCAAGCCAGAGUUUGACGAUAACUAGAACAACGGUGCAAGAUUAAUGAAGAAGCAUCUUAAAGAGAACAAG